AUGCCACCAAAAGGUUGGAAGAAGAACGGCGAUCCCAAUGCCCCGCAGCCAUACAGAGAAGCUGAUCUCGUAUCCAUCGAUGAUAUCCUUUUUCCCAGAUCAACCCUUCAGAAACUAGCCAAAGCUAUCCUUAGCGAUGACGAAAAUCACAACAGCAUGUCGUUGGCCAAAGAUGCGCAAUUGGCGUUGCAGAGGUCAUCGACUGUCUUUGUGAGUUAUUUGCUCUUCCAUGCCAAACUGAUAUCGAAGGAAACGGGGCGCAAGACUGUCAAUGCCCAGGAUAUGAUGGGUGCCUUGGAAAGAGCCGAGUUUGGUGGCUUUGUGCCUGAACUAAAGCAAAAGUUGAGUGCGUUUGAGGCCACCACCAAGUUGAAGAAGCAGAAAAAGGCCGAGGAGAAGGCUGCCGUGGAAGCACCUGCAGAAGAAAAAGUUUACAAGAAGCCGAAGUUGCAUGACGGAGGAAUCACGCUUCGGGAGCCGCUUAUUGAGCCCGUGGAUAGCGAUGACUCGGAUGAGGAGGAUUUGAAGUCGAAGGAGAAACUGACAGAGAACAAGAACGAGGAGGCUGGGUCCGACGAAGACGUUGACCUCGAGGAAGCAGAAGCAGAAGAAGUAGAAGUUGAAGAUAAUGACGAUGAUGACGACGAGGGAGAGGAAGAGGAAGAGGAAGAGGAAGAGGAGGUGAAUCCGAUUGCUGCAUCGUCGAAAGAGGGCAGGGAUUUGGAAGGUGAAGAAAUGCAAGAUGAUGAUUCUCUUCUGAGUGGAGAUGAUCAUCAUGAUAAUAAUGGUCACGACGAUGAUGACGAUGACGACGAUGACGAUGACAACGACAACGACGAGUAG